AUGACAAUCGAAGGUGUGGGUAUCAGUGAUCAAGAAAACUUACAUAAGGACAAUAUACCUGAGGGUAGGCAGCAGAAACGAAUAUGUCUUUCAUUGCAGCAUGAUGAAGUGGAGUUUGUCCGAACUGGCUAUGGAAAGGAGAUGGUAAAAGUUCUCCAUAUUCAGAGAGAUGGAAUAUAUCACAGCAUUAAAGAGGUGGUAACUUCGGUGCAACUUACUCUAAGUUCCAAAAAAGAUUACCAGUUUGGAGAUAAUUCAGAUGUCAUCCCUACAGACACCAUUAAGAACACAGUUAACGUCUUGGCAAAGUUCAAAGGGAUCGAAAGCAUAGAAGUCUUUGCUCUGAAUAUUUGUGAGCAUUUCCUUUCUUCUUUUAACCAUGUUAUUCGAGCUCAAGUCUAUGUGGAAGAAGUCCCUUGGAAGCGUUUUGAAAAGAAUGGAGUAGAGCACAUCCAUGCAUUUAUCCUCACUCCCACUGGGACACACUUCUGUGAGGUUGAACAGAUGAGGAGUGGACCUCCCAUCAUUCAUUCUGGAAUCAAAGACCUCAAGGUUAUGAAGACGACCCAGUCUGGAUUUGAAGGAUUCAUGAGGGACCAGUACACCACCCUCUCUGAUGUGAAGGACCGGUGCCUUGUGACCCAAGUGUACUGCAAGUGGCGCUACCACCAGUGCAAGAACGUGGACUUUGAGGCUACCUGGGACACUGUUCGGGACAUCAUCCUGGAUAAAUUUGCUGGGCCCUAUGACAAAGGCGAGUACUCGCCCUCUAUCCAGAAGACCCUCUAUGACAUCCAGGUGCUCUCCCUGCGCCGGGUUCCUGAGAUAGAAGAUAUGGAAGUCAGCCUGCCAAACAUUCACUACUUUAACAUAAACAUGUCCAAACUGGGACUGAUCAACAAGCAAGAGGUCCUGCUGCCAGUAGACAAUCCAUAUGGCAAAAUUACUGGUACAGUCAAGAGGAGGCUGUCUUCAAAGCUAUGA